GACAUCGACGAGAAGCUGGCGCAAGCGGUCGACGGCGUCCGUUUCGUCGACUGCGACGCCGGCCUCGGCUUCCAUCCAUUGCAGGUGAUCGACCGCAGCGCGCGGCGCGCCCACCUGGAUGUUGCGGCCGAGAUGCGCGACACUCACACCGCGAUCUACCGGAAGCCGGAGACUGUCCAGGGGCGAGCGGAGAUGCGCAACCGCCGUCAAGAAAGCUUCGUCGAGGCGGGAUGGGGUGCAGACGGGGCGCCCGUCGGCGCUGCCGAGCCGCCGUUCGUUCGUUUCGUCGAGCUCCUGCGCGCGGACCCCAAGCCGGACCGCGGGCUGCGCACCCUGCUCGCGCGCCUGAACGAGCUCGACGACUACGGGUUCUUCGACCUCCAGGAAUCGCACCGCAGCCUGUGGGAGCACGAGGAGCCGACCGUGAUCCGCGUUCACACGACGCAGAACGAGAACCUGCAACGCGCCUUCGCGGCGCUGGUGUUCUACGGCCUGUACAAGGACAUGUUCCGGCGCGGCCUGCGCGAUCGGAUCACCCACGCGGUGAUCUUCGACGAAGCGCACCGCGCCGCGCGCCUGAAGCUGAUCCCGGCGAUGGCGAGAGAGUGCCGCAAGUACGGCAUCUCACUGGUGCUCGCCUCCCAGGAGGCGCGCGACUUCGACAGCUCGGUGUUCUCGGCGAUCGCCAACUACCUGGUGCUGCGCCUGACACCGAGGCGGACGCCCGCUUCCUGGUACCGAACGUUGCGACCUCGCAGCAGGAACGGGCGUUGA